AUGUGUUUUGGCCACCGUAUUUACUCGUACCAGAGUGGGGCCAGCCCCUGCCCCCCACCACCAGUGCCAUCCGCACUUUUGACUGUCCUGUCCCUCGGAGGGCUGGAUUUGGCCGCGGCCAAUGAAGCGCCAAACACCCAGGCAUUGAAGCCUCGAUACUAUGUUCCUGGGGAGUUUAAGAGGAACCUCGACGGAGCCCACGUUGUUCGGGGUGAAUCUUCCCAAUCCUUCCAAUCCUUCAGCCAACACUCGUCGAAUGGCUUCGGAGGGUUCUUGCAAAAUCUAUUCGGUGGCCACGAAAGCUCAAGCCCACCUGCGGCCCCGUCUGCGGAAGUUGUGGUCGUGCCCCUCACUAUCUCAGUCGAUGCCCAGGGCGUGACACAUACCAUCACUGGCACCCCCACAAACACACCCACCGGUGCCAAUGCCGCAGCGGCAACCACAGUGACCAGCUCGACAUCCACUUCGGAGCCCGCUGUUGCCUCUACUCCUGUCAGCUCUGCCGUGCCAUCUACUACCCCUUCAGAAGCCGCAUCGAAUGACUUGACCAGCCCUGCUGCCAGUGUCUCUUCCGAAGCAGUUACCUCUCCUACUCCUACCUCUACUAGCGGUGGCUUGCUCGCUGACGUAGGCAACUUGCUGGGUGGAGAUUCGAGCAGCUCGAGCACUUCUAGUAGCUCCAGCGCUGUCCCAGCUAGCUCCACCCCUCAGCCCGCUGUUUCGCCGUCGACCACUGCCGCCCCCACCACUACAAGCAGCGGUGGUUUGCUCGACAGUGUCGGCAACUUGCUGGGAGGAGACUCCAGCAGCUCUGGCACCUCCAGCGGCUCUUCUUUCCCAGCCAGUUCUAGCGCCUCUGCUUCACCAACCACUACUUCAAGCAGCGGUGGUUUGCUCGAUGACGUCGGCAACUUGUUGGGUGGAGGCUCUACCACCAGCAGCGGCUCUUCGUCCCCAGCCAGAUCAAGCGCAUCUGUCUCUCCAACUACCACUUCGAGCAGCGGUGGUUUGCUUGACGAUGUUGGCAACUUGCUAGGAGGAGGCCCUUCUACUACUGGCUUUUCUACCCCAGCCAGCACAAGCGCAUCUGCUUCACCAAAGACCACUUCAAGCAGCGGUGGCUUGCUCGACGACGUUGGCAACUUGUUGGGUGGCGGCUCUACUACCAGUGGCUCUUCUACCCCAGUUAGCUCCCGCGCAUCGCCGUCAGCCACUGCCUCGAGCAGCGGUGGAUUGCUCUCCGACCUUGGUAACUUGCUGGGAGGCGACUCGAGCUCUGCUGCCUCUAGCAUCCCUGCCAAUUCGACUACCCCUGCCAGUAAAGUGGGUUCCUCUAGCACCCCUUCCUCCGCUUCCGCAACCCCAACCUCCUCGAGCUCCGGUUUGCUCGGCGACCUCGUCGGAGGCCUUCUUGGAGACCACACCACCGGUCGUCCAGCAAAUGCUACCGCCAAGAGCAGCGGUCUUUUCUCUGGAUCCGCUGCUAGCAUUUCCGCGACCCCAACCCCUUCAUCGUCUUCUGGUCUUAUUGGUGGCAUCUUGUCGGAUCUCCUGCCCUCUGGAAACUCAUCAGGUGGUCUUCUGCCCACUAUUCCCAUCAGUAUCCCCGCUUCGGCGGCACGUCCAUCUUCGUCUGGCGGCCUCCUCGGCGGCGUAUUGAGCAGCGCUCUCGGCCUUACCCCCGGAGCUUCCGGCAGCCCCAUUCCCCUGAGUAGCCUGAUUCCAGGAGCAUCUGGUCUGCCCAGCAGUCUCCGCCCUGGAUCUUCCAACUCUUCUAACAUCGCUGGAUUCCCUGCCACCAUGAUCAGCCCCAGCGUGCCAUCCUCUACCAGCGGCUCCGUCCGCCCUGGAAGUUCGGGAUCUGUGAUUCCCUCCCCUAGUCGCUUGAGCUCAAUUAGAGUAUCCUCGUCCGCGGUGCCUACUAGCAAGGCUACACCAACCCCUACACCCACUUUUACACCCACACCCACUCCUACUCCGACGCAGGAGUCCACGGUCACUGAGCAGACAACCCACACUGUGAUGCCGACUACCACCGAAAACAAUGACUUUGUCCCUUCCACCAUUCUUGUCCUGCCUCCAACCACUACGACCGAAGAAACAGCCACUCACGCAACGGCCACUACUACCACUUCCGCGCCACAGCUCCCUGGAUCCAUCUCGCCUGCCAACGGUAUUACUAACCCCCCGGCAAACUCGACUUUGAUUCAGAUUGGAUUCAACGGCAACCUGAGAUAUGACUUCGUGGCCGCGCAUACUCUUUCUUCCUCGCAGAUCUUCCUCUACGUGCCGCAGGGUCUUGAAUACGCUCUGGAACUGCUUGCCAGCGAGGUUGCCAUGUUUAUUAUUGAGCCAUACAACAACUCUGCUGUCACCGGCUACAUCGCCACUGUUGCACUGGCAUACAUUCCAACUGAUCAAGUGGAGACCUUGAGGACCAUGCUCCACAAUCCAGCCUCCAGGCUCUACGAACAGCCCAGUGCAUCUGUCAAGUCCUUGCUUGCCAUGAUUGACCCCUCGAUUCCCCUGGUUGUCGGUGACAUGGGCACCUCAUCGAGCGGCAACGGCGGAUCCAGCGAUGGUGGAUCAUCCAAUGGAAACAGCAACAACGACGGAAACAAUGACUCCAACGGCUCUGCAGAUGCUGGUGCUGGUGGCAGCUCCUCUACCCGUGGCAGCUCUGUCGGUAUUGGUGUCGGUGUCGUCGCCGGUGCUGCUGCGUAUGGUGCCGGUAUGUUCUGGGUUGCUCGUCGCUACCGCAAGAAGCGUCAAUUGCACCAGCGCUCGAGCUCAAACGUUGAGCAGAUGAGUGAGGGCCGUGGUGGUGGCUCCCUCUUCGCAACCGGUGGACGUAUCUCCGGUACCAGCCGAGGUAGUAACCGAACCCAGAUGAUUAGCGCACCUGUCAUGGCUGAGAACUCCCUGGGAUGGAACUAA